CGCUUGUUUGCCUUCUAUAUAAUACGACACGGUUGGCGUGCGCGUGUGCGAACGUAGCGUAGUAUCGGUGUCAGAACUAGUCGACACGCUGUAGAAAUACUUCUCGCAUCACAUUGUUGCCAUCUACGUCCCUCAAUUCGCUUUCACCGUGGGAGGAUCAUCACUUGAGGGACAUGCAGUCGGUUAUGUUCCUUCUGGCAGCUGCAGUGGCUUGCUUCAUUCUCAACGAAGAGAUCUUCGCGCAAAAGAUGAUCCUCAUGGAGAAUUUCGAUCCUGCACAGGUGGAGGGCGUUUGGUACACUGUCGGAAGGACCGGCGCUCUCUACAACGACUCGGCGUCCUGCACCAAGUACGAAGUGAAACACGAGAACGGCAGGAUUUAUGAGGUGGUGCUCAACUACAGGGACAAGUCGAAUGCGGUAGUGAAGAAUGCGUUUCGCGUGGUGGAAGAUUCCGACCACCCGGCCCAGUUCUUUUUCGCGGAUAAAGGCCGGGUUUUGUGGAACACCCCGAAAAUGGCUUUACGGACCCCUGAGGUCCGUGGACGCCGCUUGAGGACCACUGUUCUAAAUGCCGCCGUAUACGGCCAGAAAGUUGCAGUGCGGUUUUUGGGGUCCGACUACAAGAACUGGAAUGUCUGCUUCGGCUACGUCUACGGAAACAUACCUGUGUACGGCAUUGGUUCUAGAGCGCCUGUGCUGGAUCCCAAGUACAUGGAGGAGGCCAUGGCCGUAAUGAAGAAAAAUGAUAUCACCACUGUCGAAAAAUGCACACCAUUCUAGAAUACGUACGCGAACAAAAGCAUUAAACGUGGUACGUACUGAGCACUUCGACGUAAUAAAUGAUGGUAAUGUGGCAACUAUCUCAACAGA